GCUAAUCACCAAAAAACUUAAACAAGAUGGCUACUAAACUACUAGAUCUAGAUCUAUAUCUAGAUCUAGUCUAGAUCUAGAAUCUCUUUUAAAAACAGACACAACCAAGCUCAUUUACUUUAGCUGCCAUCUUGUUUGAGUUUUUUGUAAGAUUAAAGUGCGAGAUUCAGGGGAAACUACUCUAAUUUACAAAUGGUCGCUGUUUAUUUAGCAAAUCUUGCAAGCAAACACUGCUGUUUAAAGUUAAUUUCUGGCGUAUAUUGAUAUAUGUAGCCAUUGAUUUUGGUUUAUUAUUCAGUGAUUAAGUGAUUAGUUCCUUGACCUUAACGUGGUGAACACUGAACUGAAUCACAAAAAAUGUCAAGUAAAACAAAAAAGAAAGAGCCUCCUUUGUCAUGUAACCCAGAAUCAUUUGAUUUAGAACAACAGUUUAUAUUAAGGUUACCUCAGGAUGCUGCGCUGCAACUGCACGAAGAUCUUAAAGAAUCCUCAAAUGUUCAGCUAAGGGAUAAGCUUAGCAUUGAAAUGGAUCCAGAUAUGAGGCAUGGACGUGUUAGAUAUGGUGGUGAUAUUUUUUUUGCUAAGCUGCUUGAUCUGCCUACAAUCGUUGAAUCUCUAAAAACAGUUGAUAAGAAAACCUUUUACAAAACAGCUGACAUUUGUCAGAUGCUGUUAUGUAAGACAGAAGAGGAUUGGACACAAGAUGAAACUGAAAGUCCUCGUAAAAAAGACAAAGACAAGAAGUAUGCCUGGAAUCAUGGAAUCACACCACCCUUAAAAAAUGUCAGGAAAAGAAGAUUCCGAAAGACUCUUAAAAAAAAGUACAUGGAUCAACCUGAAGUAGAAAAGGAAGUAAGGCGUCUCUUCCGCUAUGAUUCUGAAGCUAUUGAUGUAAAGUUUGAGAUUAUUGUAGAUGAUGAAAAGUCUCUAUCUGACUCAGGGACUUCACAGACUGCAGCAGCUGGUGGUUCUAAGACACAUCUUCUGAGAAGUGAGACACAAACAUCCAUGGAUGUUGCUUCCUUUUUUGGGGAUAUAAGUUCCUCUGAGGAAGAUGAUGAUGAUGAGAAGGAUGUGAACAUCAUGGACAGUGGUGAAGAGGACAUGUCCAGAGGACCCAACACACCCAAGGCUGGCACAGGAGACAGGCUGGAAGGGACCGGCAUGACUGACCAUGAAACUGCUGAGCUGCUAGAAAAACUGAAAGAACUUGAAAAACAGCUUGAGGACAUCAGAGAGAGGAGGAGUCACCAAGAAGAUCAGCUAGCCACGCUGGAGGAUGACGCAGUCAAGGAAGAUAUGCAAGCUGCCCUGAAUAAGUUGGUUCAAGAAGAAACUGAGAAAGAAAGAGAGAUUGAGAUGUUGUCAGCUUUACUUAACCAGUAGCUCUACAGACAGAAACAUUGUGUGUCUGCCAGACUAAUGAGAGAGGAUAAUCCUUCAUAAUCAACAAUACCAUGGCUUUUUAAUAUGUGUACCAUGGCAUUUAUAAAGAAACAACAGUGGUCUGCCCAGUUAGGGUAUACUCAAUCAGACUGUCUGUCUGUCUCAUGGGUUUGGUUGUCUGUCUGUCUCAUGGGUUUGUCUGUCUGGUGGGUUUGUCUGUCUCAUUGUGUUUCCGAUUCAGCCAAUUCAUGAAAUUUCAUUUGAUGAAAGAUAUUGUUUUAAAUGUAAUCUAUUUUUGUAUUGUAAUGUAAUAAAAGCUUAAAAAUUCAA